UCUUGCUCAGUCUGCUUCGCGUCUGCGUUAACACCUACUGGACAAAACUGCGGACAAGCGUCGUCAUUCUCUGCCCAGCCAGCAGAACUGAGCGCACGCAUGCAGAAGCUCUUCGGUUUGCUUUACGGUUAUCUUCCUUGACCGCUGUACUCAUCAUCGUUAUUCACUUCCUUUCGUUCUUCGUCUCCCACAGAACGCGCGUUCUUGUCCUGAUUUCCCUACCAUGUGGAAGUAGGCUGCGUACAAGAGGGUCAUCAAGGUGGACUAUCGACUGGAUUUUUUCGGGCAACGCGAAGCUUUGCCCCGCUUCAGCUUGUCGCGCUUUAUCAGCUGAAGAGUCUUAUUCGUUGCCUACAUUCAUGGACCAUUUGCCUGUGGUCGACACUCAGAGAUUGCCUCCGCAAUCGAAGGCAGACCCUGGACACGACGAAGCCGGUGACGUUGCCUCAGGAAACGGGACACCGCCCUGACACUCCCGUGUUCGUUUGCGUGCCACAUUUGGAUGGUAGCAUUUUUCUGUACGGUUCUGCCACGCAGAAGGCGCUCUCAGCCAGGGGAAGCCUUGUAUGGAGCAAGGAACGAUUUUGCGUUUUGAGACCCUCGGGCCUUGACCGAAUCGUGGUCGUCACUGGAAGUUUUUUCUCUCGACUGCAUGAGAAGUGCGCUGUCCGAUCUCGAUAUACGGGCAGGCAUUGUCUACGCAGUUGUCUUUCGGUGAAGAAACAUUCUUUCGAUGGCGAAUGUUUCCCGGAUUCUUCUCUGCGGAGAUGUCCGCGGCUCGUUCCACCUGCUUGGAAAGCUCCUGAAACGAAUCCAAGAUCGACAGGGUCCCUUCGCGGCUGUCUUCUGCUGCGGGUCUUUUUUCGGUCCGCCGGAUAAGGAAGCUUCCUCCACUCUUUCGGCCGGAAAUGUGAAAGCAACAGAUGCAGACGACGGCUGUGCAGCGUCUCCUAUCAACACUGAGCAUGAAGACGUUGCAGAGGAACACGGGCCGCUUCUCUCUCUGCUCCGAGAGCGGUACUCUGAUCAGAUGAAGGAGCUGUCGAGUGUAGCUUCGUCCUUGCCUCUUCCGCUCUUCUUCAUCGACGAGGAAGUUGCGUGUGCCAUGGCUCAGGUGGCGGCGAGGAAUGCACCGGCAACGACUUGCCAGGCAGGAGAGUGUCGGAUGGAGAAGGAGCGAACAGAACGUGGGAAUGGGGUAAUGAAAGAUCUGGACGAUGCUUGUAGAGACGGGGUCGAUGGUAUCUGCGGAAUAGUCAAAACUGAAUCUGACGCUCCAACGGGUUCCUACAAUUUCACUGAUACAGUGGCAAUGUCUGCAACUCUCUCUUCAGAUGCCUCAGGAGCAUCCGGGCUUGUACAGCUUUUCCCAAACAUCUUCUGGCUCGGAGCAGCAGGAUUGGUUCGCAUUGCGGGGCUGCGUGUCGCCUUCUUUGGAAUGCCUGAGACCGACACUAGCAGUGACGAGGAAGUGAAACAGGAAGGAGGCGAUAAUCUGGAGACGAGGAAGACGGGGCGUGGAAACGGUGCCAACGAUCCGUCCGUCUCAGACUCUUCGCCGAGCGUCAAGCGUCGUCGCCUCGAUGAGGACAAAGCGGAAGGUCUAGGAGAGCCGCCGUCAGUUCUAACCUCCGGUGAUCCGUGUCAGUCUCACCCAUCUUCUUCAGCUUCUUGUGGGUGCCCUCAUUUGUGUCCACCGUAUCCCUCCUAUUCAUUCAGUUCCUCUGCGAAAGCCCUGAAGUACAUGGCCGAUUUGGGAGAGAGACCCACGUGGCGGGCUCGGAUUGAUCUCAUGCUCAGCUGUCGAUGGCCGAAAGGCAUAUGGCGCGACUUAAGCACGCUGGCCGAACAAAAGAAGAAGAAGGAGGAUGAAUUCAACGAGCUCUUGGCAAAGGCACACGUCUCUGUGGAAGCGUUAGAUACAAGGCAUAGCGGCUCUGCUGCGUCUCAGCUUGCGGGCUGCUUAGAGCCCCGGUAUCUCUUCGCUGCUUCGGCAGGACUCUUUUAUGCUCGUCCGGCAUUUCGCGGCGCGCGCUUCGGCUACACAACGAAAUUCAUAGCGCUAGGGAAUUUGGGAAGCAAGGAACCGGAGAGGAAACCUAUCCAUGCUCUUCAGCUGACGCCGUUGGACGAGAUCCGAUCCGCCCUGUCCCCUGCUUUAGCUCGAGCCGAUGCUUUGUCAGAUUCGGAGAAAAAGGAAACGAGCGUUCAUUCUUCGUCUCUUACUGCGGAUGAGGCGGUUGCUACUCUCUUUGCUCUUCCACCUGACGCUACCUGCAACCCUAUCUCUUCGCUGCUUUCGUCCACACUUAAACUUUGUGGAGAGUCGAGCGACUCCGAUGCGCUGGAACGAAUGACUCCCGCUAGCUUGAGGCGCGAACUUCUACGAAAUGCUCAGUGUCUCGACGAUGAUUCAAAGAGCCUUUCAGGUGCCGCUUCGCCGGCGCAGCCCAGCGCCUGCCGGCCGUUUGGUCCAAAGAAGGACCCCCUGCAGAGAGGGCAGGGGCCUCAACGUCCAUGCUGCGUAGUCUGCGUGUGCAAUCUGCCAUACGGUGUUGACGACCAGUCUUUAGAAAAAGUUAUGGCGGCCUUUGGCGAGGUCAAGUUCAUAUAUUCUCCUCGAAAUCCAGAGGAUAAAUCUCAAGGAACUGGAAAAGCGUUUGUAGUUUACUUCAAUUCCGAGAGUGCUGAAAAAGCAGUUGAGGCGUCCGGCCGGCUGGAGGCGGGCCGCAGAGUCCUGCGUGUUGCCAUGUGGCGCGAGAAGAUUCCUUUUGCUCACAAGGUCCCCCGAGAAGAUGGUGUUCCUCCACCUCCGAAACCGGGAUCGUCAAUUGUGACAAAGCCACACGCGGACUGUUGGUUUUGUUUGGCAAAUCCCAAAGUCGAGAAACACCUUGUGGCUAGCGUGGGAGACACAUGCUAUGUUGCAGCUCCAAAGGGUGGCAUGCACGUCUUGCAUGCCCUUAUUAUCCCUAUCACCCAUUUCCCUUCUGUCGCGUUUGCAACGGAAGACGUCCGUGCGGAAAUAGGGCGAUACGUUCACAGAUACAGAACAGCUUUACGCCAAAAGGAAAACCUCGACUGCAUCGUGUAUGAGCGGUAUGUGCCUAUGCGAGCAACGAAGGCGAUGCACACGCAAGUUCAAUGCAUCCCUUGCUCACGCGCUGAGGGCCUCCGUGCUGUUGAAGUUUUCAAGAAAAAAGCCCACAAAGUAGGACUUUCGUUCGAGGCUCUCCUAUCUGAGCGGAAUACAUUGGCUUUCUCGGAGCUUGCAGCGCGGGCGCCGGACACAGAAAUCGCGUACUUUUACAUUGAGUUGCCUGGUCUCUCAACAGCAAGUGGUCAGCUCGUAGAGCGUUUUCUAUAUGUACAACAGUCUUUUAGAAAAGGGGGGGCUUCAACUGGGUCAGGAUCAAAGACAGGCGGAGGUGGAUGUGGCGAUAGAUUACCAAUGAACUUCGGUCGGGAAUUCAUAGCGGAACUGAUUGAGCGCCCAGAAUUGGCAGACUGGCAGAACUGUAUUGUCGACCCCGAGGAGGAGAGAACGAGGACAGCUGAAUUGAGUCGAUUGAUCGCCGGUGCACUGGACUGAGACAAUAUCAAAUCUGGAGUACGUCUUUUGUUGAGGCGAAGGAGGUACAAAUGAGAAGUUACUACGGCGAAACUGUUGGGGCAGCUGCGCUUCUUCCCCUUUCCUGCAUGUGACAAGUGCACCGUGAAGACAGUGAAUGGCAGCGCCCGGCUCAGUGUCGGCAUUUGACUAUUUUGAACGAACCGAGCUAGUCGAAAGUGACACGUUUCGACCACGGUAAAAUUUCGUCGAUACGAAUUGCCUGUUCUGCGAAAAGAAUGUUGGAUAGAGAAAGGACCAAACAGAGGGAUGCUACGGUGACCUCAAAAGUGGACAGCCUCUGUAUGAAAGAGAUUAGAACCAAUUAAAAUGUCAACAGCCGCUUAAACAUUAG